GCCCGGGUCACGUGGUUUCGUCACUGAGGCGGAAAUGAAAGUUCACUAGCGACAACGGCGGAGCUCAGCUGAGAAAGAGCUGUGAUGUCAUGGCAGCAGCCAGUGUGAGUCGACCUGGCAGCGUCCAGACCACCGAGAAGUCCCAGCUCACCCUGAAAGUGGUGUCAGCGAAGCCCCAGUCUCCGAAGCUGCCGAACCGACACUCCCGGCUGAGCUCCUUUGUCGAGGUGACGGCCGACGGUUUGACCAGCGAAACCAAAAAAACGGGCAAACGCAGCGGACACCUGGAGCUGCAGUGGAAUGAAGACCUCACCCUUAAUGUGACGCCUCAGAGCCGCCUGGAUCUGAAGCUGUGGAGCUGCCACACUCUGAGGAAGGAGCUCCUGGGCAGCGCCACCAUCGACCUGCUGGACACACUGAGGACCCACGAUGGAAAGAUGGAGAACGUCCAGCUCAGUCUGGUGCUGCAGACGGAGAACAAAGGCUCGGUUGUGGCGGGAGGAGAACUCAACGUCUGUCUGGACGGCAUGGUUGUUGAUCUGGGCUCACUGCCCAAUGGCAGCACGGCAGCCGACAAGAUUCUUCAGUCGGACCGACCGAAUCUGAGGAGGACGCAGAGCGAAGAGACUCCCAGUACAGCAGCUUCACACAGCAGGAGUAACAGACACUCGGUUGGAGGUUCCCAGGGUGAAUCUCCAGGAGGCUCCAGAGGAAGCUCCCUGACUAACGGGGACCUGACCGAGGAACAGAGUCCUGGAGUGGGAUCAUCGGGCCGCCGUCAGUCCUCCAAGAGCCACAGCAGCCCAGGAAACAGUGCAGAUAAAGUGGAGUUGACGUCUAACGGUCUGGAGAGUCGUAGCAGCGUGGCCCGUCACACGCCUCCUCCGUCCUCGCCGUCGGGUCGAUCCCCGGCCGCCAGCAGCAGCGGCAGCAGCCCGUCUCCGGGUCAGGACGCUCUGGGCCCGGCCGCCCCGGCAGAACCCAGCCCCAGUGCCACCUCCAGCACCGAGCCGGCCGCAAACAGCAGCACAGAGUCGGCCACGGACUCUCUCCCGGCUGGCUGGGAGCAGAGGGUGUUGCCUCAUGGCAGAGUUUACUACGUCGACCACAACACCAAAACCACCACCUGGGAGAGACCACUGCCUCCAGGCUGGGAGAAGCGAGUGGACCAGAGGGGAAGGUUCUACUACGUGGACCACAACACCAGAACCACCACAUGGCAGCGACCCACGGCCGAGUCCGUCAGAAACUACCAGCAGUGGCAGAGUCAGCGCAGCCAGCUGCAGGGAGCCAUGCACCAGUUCAGCCAGCGCUUCCUCUACCAGCCGUCCGGAGCUCCGGUGGAAAAUGACCCUCUGGGCGCGCUGCCUCCUGGAUGGGAGAAGCGUCAGGACAAUGGCAGAGUGUACUUCGUCAACCACAACACCAGGACGACUCAGUGGGACGAUCCUCGGACCCAAGGGAUGAUCAAGGAGCACCCCCUGCCCCCGGGCUGGGAGAUGAAGUACACCGCCGAGGGAGUCCGAUAUUUUGUGGACCACAACUCGCGCACCACCACCUUUAAAGACCCCCGACCCGGGUUUGAGUCAGGGUCUCGACAGGGCGGAUCGCCGGGCGCCUACGAUCGAAGCUUCAGGUGGAAAUAUCACCAGUUCCGUUUCCUGUGUCAUUCCAACGCCUUGCCGAGCCACGUGAAGAUCUCUGUGUCCAGACAGACACUGUUUGAAGACUCAUUUCAGCAGAUCAUGAAUGUGAAGCCAUACGAUCUCCGUCGUCGCCUCUACAUCAUCAUGAGAGGAGAAGAAGGGCUGGACUAUGGAGGCAUCGCCAGGGAGUGGUUCUUCCUGCUGUCCCAUGAAGUCCUGAACCCCAUGUACUGCCUUUUCGAGUACGCCGGUAAGAACAACUACUGUCUGCAGAUCAACCCGGCGUCCUCCAUCAAUCCCGACCACCUCACCUACUUCCGCUUCAUCGGACGCUUCAUCGCCAUGGCUUUGUACCACGGGAAGUUCAUCGACACCGGCUUCACGCUGCCUUUCUACAAGAGGAUGCUGGACAAGAAACCGACCCUGAAGGACCUGGAGUCCAUCGAUCCAGAGUUCUAUAAUUCCAUCAUGUGGGUCAAAGAGAACGACCUGGAGGAGUGUGGCGUGGAGCUCUACUUUGCACAGGACAUGGAGAUUCUGGGGAAAGUUUCCACCCACCAGCUGAAGGACGAUGGAGAGAACGUGCUGGUGACCAAAGAGAACAAGGAGGAAUACAUCAGCCUCCUGACCGAUUGGAGAUUCACCCGCGGGGUUGAGGAACAAACCAAAGCCUUCCUGGACGGAUUCAACGAGGUGGUUCCUCUGGAGUGGCUGAGAUACUUCGACGAGAAGGAGCUGGAGUUGAUGCUCUGCGGGAUGCAGGAGAUCGAUUUGGCCGACUGGCAGAAGAACACCAUCUACAGACAUUACACCAAGAACAGCAAACAGAUCCACUGGUUCUGGCAGGUGGUGAAGGAGAUGGACAACGAGAAGAGAAUCCGUCUGCUGCAGUUUGUAACAGGAACCUGCCGGCUGCCGGUCGGAGGCUUCGCUGAGCUCAUCGGAAGUAACGGUCCCCAGAAAUUCUGUAUAGACAAAGUGGGGAAAGAGACUUGGCUUCCAAGAAGCCACACAUGCUUCAACCGUCUGGACCUCCCUCCCUACCGGAGUCUGGAGCAGCUCAGAGAGAAGCUGCUGUUCGCCAUCGAGGAGACGGAGGGCUUUGGCCAGGAGUGACGACGAGGAGGAGCUUCACCCGGAUAGUUUUUGUUCUUACUUUGUGAACCACGGGGCUGAAAUCACCUGCAGCUCCUCACCUGGAGGGGGAGGGGGAGGGGGAGGGUCAUGAUGGAUCAUUUACAGGUGGAGAUGAUGGAGGAAGUGUGUGUGAGUGUGUGUGAGAGUGUGUAUGUGGUUGCUCACGUUAAUGCCAUUGUGUAUAUGCAUAUAAACGGUGUGUGUUUGUUUGACCGGACGGCACAUCCACCCCCACACCUCUGCUUAGACCUGCACCACAACCAGACAUGAUAGUUUUAAUGUCAGCAGCAGCAGCAGCAGCAGCAGCAGCAGCAGCAGCAGCAGCUCACAGCAACCCGCAGAUGCAGUAUAACGACAUAUCUAGAGAGAGAGAGACGUACGUUUUUAACCCGACAGGACAGAGCAGAGCAGCGAGUGUUAUCACCAUGCAGAGGACACGCACAUCAGAUGGCAUUUUAUUUUUUAUUCCUCUGUUCAUUGUGAAAUUCUGCAUUUUUUCUCCUGUACAUAACUAAAAUAAAUGAGAUUUCAGUCUUG